UCCCAGGACUCGGAGGCGGAGUGCGGAGAGCGCCGCCUUCGCUGCCGCUCAGAGGCUCCGCUCCAGGCCGUCUGGAUUUGCCGAAAGCUUUCGCGAAGCCGGGGAGUAAUGCCGGCCUGAAGGUUUCACUCGACGAAUCGUCAUUAAGGCGAUCGCCCCCCUCCCCCGUCCCACCCACAGUCACGCCCGCUUGACAACACAAACAUGCGGUGCUAAAAGGCGAAGUUUAUUUUUUUUCGUUGUUAAAUUCAUGCAGCCUCUCGCGGGGCAGAUGGCGUCCCGCGCCGUCGUGCUCAAACCCCGACGCAGGACCCGUCCAGAGAGCGAGGACUACCAGCCGCCCAUAUGGAAAUCCUACCUGUACCAGUUGCAGCAAGAGGCUCCUCACCCCAAAAGGAUCACGUGCACACAGGAGGUCCCCAAUCGCCCCAAGCACUACGGCCGAGAGUUCCACGGGAUGGUCUCGCGAGAAGACACAGACAAGCUCCUCGGAGGGCUCGAGGGGAGUUACCUGAUCCGGGAGAGCCAGCGUCAGCCGGGCACCUACACGCUGGCGCUGCGGUUCGGGAACCAGACGCGCAACUUCCGCCUCUUCUACGACGGAAAGCACUUUGUGGGCGAGAAGCGCUUCGAGUCGAUCCACGACCUGGUCACGGACGGCUUCAUCACCCUCUACGUGGAGACCAAGGCAGCCGAGUACAUCGCGCGCAUGACCAUCAACCCCAUCUACGAGCACGUGGGCUACACCACCGCCGGCUCGGCGGGGCCCGCGGGAGGCGGCGGUGGCGGCGGCGGCGGGAGCGGGAACUGGCGCGCCGCGCGCUCGGGCGCCGCUCGGGACGUCCGCGCGGUCACGCCGUCCGCGCCCGCGGACAACGAGCUGAGCUCGCCCGGCGACAAGCUGUCGGCGCUGGUGCGACGCGCCACCCUCAAGGACGGCGAGCACACGGCCAAGUACGAGAAGGCGCACAACUUCAAGGUGCACACGUUCCGGGGCCCCCACUGGUGUGAAUACUGCGCCAACUUCAUGUGGGGCCUCAUCGCGCAGGGAGUCAAGUGUGCAGACUGCGGCCUGAACGUGCACAAGCAGUGCUCCAAGGUGGUUCCCCACGACUGCGAGCCGGACCUGAAGCACGUGAAGAAGGUGUACAGCUGUGACCUCACGACGCUCGUCAAGGCCCACAACCGCAAGCGGCCCAUGGUGGUGGACAUGUGCAUCAAGGAGAUUGAGAUGCGCGGGCUGCGCUCCGAAGGCCUCUACAGGGUGUCUGGCUUCAGCGAGCACAUCGAGGACGUCAAGAUGGCGUUUGACAGAGAUGGCGAGAAGGCCGACAUCUCGGCCAACUCGUACGACGACAUCAACAUCAUCACCGGAGCCCUCAAGCUCUACUUCCGAGACCUGCCAAUCCCACUCAUCACCUACGACGCCUACCCCAAGUUUAUCGACGCUUCAAAGCUGAUGGACGCAGACGAGCGGCUGGAGGGGAUCCACGAGGCGCUGCGACUGCUGCCACCCGCUCACUACGAGAGUCUGCGCUACCUCAUGGCACACCUCAAGCGGGUGACACUUUACUCCAAGGAAAACCUGAUGAGCGCCGAGAACCUGGCCAUCGUCUUUGGACCCACGCUCAUGCGGCCGCCGGAGCAGGACGUCCUCGCCACCCUCAACGACAUCCGCUACCAGCGCCUCGUCAUCGAGACGCUCAUCAACAACGAGGAGAUCCUCUUCUGAGGAGCCACCUACCGGCGACGCCCUCGCCACCCUGCGGUGGUG